UUGCCCAGGGUACCCAGCAUGGAAGUGUCUGAGACCAGAUUUGAACUUUGAGCUCCGUGCUCUACCCCUUGUCCCCCUAGCUUCCAGGAAGCUGCUGGCCCCUGCCAACUCCAGUCCUGCCUCAGCUGUUGUGGAAGUCAGUGAAGGUUCCAACUAAAGUAGCCAUGUCUUUGAUCCCCGAUUCCAGGAUUGAUAAGUUGGCAGAGAACCCCUGGGAUGCAGUCGCUGAUUCAAGAUAACGACUUUCCUAUCCAGAAACCUUUCCUUAGAAUUUCAGGGCAGACAUUUCUGGAAAGGAGCAGAUCCUGGGGCUGUUAAUGCUAGGGUGACUCCUGAUCUCUCGAGGACAGGACUUGGGUAAAUUUAAAACUUUAAAGAAAUAAUGAGGAGGCUCCAUAUUGUAAACAUGGAGGACCUGGCGCCAGGGCUUAAGGAAAGAGGGGGAACUGGUGAAUAAAGGUGACAGUGUAAGAGGCAGGAGGACGCCACCUGGCGACCAUGGGAAGGAGAGGAGGCAGAUGGAUGCCCUUCCUCUUGCAUCUUCUGGUACAUAUUCAUCCCCAGCUCCAUGUCAUGUGUGGCUUUGGCACUAAACAGGUGCUAGCUGAUUGGGCCAAAGGCCAAAUCUAGGAUGGAAAAUUGCUGCUGUCUGCCAGAGACGAGCUUCCAGGCUGACUUUUGGGGUUUGACUUGACAAAAUGCCUUCAGUGCCAUGAUCUCACUUUAUUCUCACAGUAUCUUUGGGACUAGUAAAGCAGAUGGAGAAACUGAGGUUCCACGAAGCAAAGGGACCUGGGACAGCUAUGAAGCAGAAAGACUAAAAGCCAGGGCCCCUCGCUCCUAGGUUUUUGCCAGUUCUGCCUGAGCAGUCCCCAGGUUGUCAGUGUCCUCCCCCGGCAAUGACUUGGUUUUUCGUUGAAUUUUCUAUGGAAAUGUCACAGAAAAAGGGCAGGCCUGUCUCACUGUGUGCCCAGAACCUCGCCCAGUAACUGGCACAUAGUAGGCAUUUAACAGAUGUUUUGUUGAAUGAGUCAGUGAGUCUACCUCGAGAUCUCUGUGAUAGGAGAAGUGCUGAAUUAGAUUGAGAAAUGGCUUUUUCCAAAGAAACUACAAGAUGGAUUCCUUACAAAUCUUGGGAAUUGGGGGAAAAAAUGAAAAUGUCUUCCUUUUAAAGUAAGGGUAUGACUGACCCAGAAAAGCUGUGUUAUAUAUGCAGUGCCCCACAGCCCAUAGGAGAGAGAGUUAUGACAAGAGCUGUGAUCCAUGGCCAGCUGGAUUCAGCCUUGUGGACACCUAGUCCCCUUGAUGGCUCCUUCAUCAGACUCUGGGGCACUCACCAGGGUCCCUUGAUCCAUCUCUCUUGGGACCCCCUGGGGCUCCUGGCCUGCUAGCCUCCCUCAGCACUGUGGGAAUUUUGAGGCAGAAUUGCCCUUCACGACCACUUUCUUCUCCCACAGCUCUGCUUUCUCAAGGCUCUGCUCUUCAGGAAAGGAGCACUGAGGAAGAGGAGGAAGGAAUGGCUUCCUUGCUGCUGCCAGCCAGGUCCCAGGAAUCCGUGACUUUCCAGGAUGUGGCUGUGGACUUCACCAGGGAAGAGUGGAACCAUCUGGACUCGGCUCAGAAAAACCUGUACAGGGAUGUGAUGCUGGAGAACUACCAGAACCUGGUGUCCUUAGGUCUCCUGGUUUCCCAAUCAGACGUGAUCUCCCAGCUGGAGAAUGGUGAAAUGCCAUUGAUGCUAGGAGGAGAAGUCCCAAGAAGCUCUCGUCCGGAUUCUGUUAAUCAGGAGAUGAGGAAUGAAUCCAAGAAGGCUUUUCCAAAGGAGGGUAGUUUGUUGAGACUCAGAAAGGAUGAUUCUUGGAAUUGCAAUUUGGGAGAAGGCUGGAAAUGUGAUGUCAGAAAGCAGAAAGACAAGCAGGAGUGGAAAUCCAAGCCAGUGAUGGUCAUCAAAGAAUGUAAUGUGUUUGGGCAAAAUUUUGGCCCAAGUUCAGUCCCUAUGUCACAACAAAGAACUGUCACAACACAAAAUGAUCUCAUAAAAUCCGUUGUCUAUGCAAAGACCUCCAAGCAAUAUUCAGGCAUUCUUAAAUGUCCCAACACCUCCUCAGGUAAGAAAUGUUGGAAGUUCAGCAAGUCCAGGAAGUCUUUCAGCUUCCACUCUGAUCUUAUUCAAUAUCAUAAAAAACUUGGAGAAAAACCAUAUGAAGGAAAUGAAUGUGGGAAAGCCCUAAGCAAAAAGCCACCCAUCAGAAGACAUCCAAAAAUUUAUAGUCAGGCAAAACCCUUUGUACACAAUGAAUUUAGGAAAGACUGCACACAGAAGGGAAAACCUGUUCUUAAGAGGAUUCAUAAAGGAGAGACACACUUUGAAUGUAAUACAUGUGGGAAAUACUUCAGUAAAAGCUCAUCAUUGAAGAGACAUCACAGAAUUCAUACAGGAGAGAAACCUUUUACAUGUGAUGAAUGUGGGAAAACCUUUAGGCAAAACUCAUCACUGAGCAGACAUCAGAAAAUUCAUUCUAGAAGGAAACCCUUUGCAUGCAGUGAGUGUGGAAAACUCUUCAUGGAUAAAGGAAAAAUUACUGAAUAUAAGAUAUUUCAUGCAGGAGAGAAGCCCUUUAAGUGUAAAGAUUGUGGAAAGACCUUCAGUGAUUCUCUUAAAGAGCAAUGGAAACUUUACACUGAAGAGAAACGAUUCAAAUGUAAUGAAUGUGGGAAAUUCUUUAGCAAUAGCUCCUCACUUAAAGGACAUGAGAAAAUUCAUACUGGAGAGAAACCCUUUGUUUGCAAUGAGUGUGGCAAAGCCUUUGUAGAGAGAGGAAGACUCACUGAACAUAAGAGAAUUCACACAGGAGAGAGACCUUUUGCAUGUGAUGAAUGUGGGAAAGCCUUUAGCAAAAGCUCAUCGCUUAGAGGGCAUCAGAGAAUUCAUACUGGAGAGAAACCCUUUACUUGCAAUGAGUGUGGGAAAGCCUUCAUAGAAAAAGGAAAUCUUAGUGUACAUAAAAGAAUCCAUACUGGAGAGAAACCUUUUGAAUGUAAUGAAUGUGGGAAGACCUUUUGCAAAAGCUCAUCACUUAGGAAACAUCAUAGAACUCAUACUGGAGAGAAACCCUUUGUGUGCAAUGAAUGUGGAAAAGCUUUCAUAGAAAGAGGAAGACUUACUGAACAUAAGAGAAUUCACACUGGAGAGAAACCCUUUGAAUGUAGUGAGUGUGGGAAAGCCUUCAACCAAAGCUCAUCCCUUAGGAAGCAUCAAAGACUUCAUACUGGAGAAAAACCCUUUACGUGUCUUGAGUGUGGAAAAGCCUUCAUACAAAAGGGAAAUCUUAGUGUACAUAAGAGAAUUCAUACCGGAGAGAAGCCCUUUGAAUGUAACAAAUGUGGGAAGACCUUCCGAACCAGCUCAUCUCUAAGGAAGCAUGAAAGAGUUCACGCUGGAGAGAAAACAUAAAAUAGUGAUUAAUGGGGAUAGCUUUUACCUAUGCCAUAAGCCUUACUAUUCAUUGAAUACUUGAGACAGCAGAGGAGCCCAUUGAAUGUAAUAAGUGUGGGAAGGCCUAAAGCACCAGCUUAUCUUUUAGUUCUUCAGAAUCUGGUUUCUAGGCUUAUUUCAUAUUACUCUUUUUCACAAGAUCGAUAUUUCAAAUUGGCUUGCUUAUUGCUUUUUGACUUCCGAAUUUCAGUGCCGUCUCUCCCAUACUCACACCUAGACACAACACAUCCUAUCUUGCCUUUUCAUAGGCUAUCACCAAUGCUUGAAACACAUUUCCUCCUCUACCUCUUAAAAUCCCUGGUUGUCUUUUGAAGUGCAAUGUGUGUCUAUGAAAAUCCUUUUCUGCUCCCUGUAGUUGAUAGGGCUUGACUCAAAUUCUCUAUUUGUCUAUUUUUCUCUUUAAUAAAUUGUGUUUUUUCCCCAGUA